AUGGCUCCAAGAACACCAAAACAGCGAACCAUUCAGCAUUUCACGCAUAUCCAUCCAUUAUUGGAGUUUAACAGCAUCGGUGACUUCAUCUGCGACGGCUGCAAAACCUACGGCUCAGGUAAGACAUAUAGAUGCGAACCAUGCAACUACGAUCUUCAUGAAUAUUGCGCAACAUGUCCCCUUACCCUCCCAACCUUCAUUCAUCCUCAGCAUACACUCAACCUCGUUGUCCGGAAACAACAGUCCACGCGCCAAAAUGACCGUGCGUGCGACAUAUGCGACGAAUCCGUGGAAGGAUUGUUCUACAGAUGCAAGAUAUGUGAGUUUGACGUGCAUCCGCUCUGCACACAGCUGCCUCAGCACGUCAGGCACGUGCUUCACCCUGCCCAUCACUUGGAGUUUCGCCUUGCGGGAGCUAGCCCGUGUAUGGUUUGUCACGUCCCGUGUCAAUCUUGGAGGUAUAGGUGUGAGCUAUGUAGAUUCGAUAUUCAUAUGGAAUGUAUCUUAGCCGUGUGCAACACGUCACCCUCUGACCAGACCAAUGCGUCGGGUACUAAAAGCAGAGGGAUAGGUCAACCAUCGUCGUCGGCUCAGUGGCAACAACCGCAUUAUGGUUACCCGUAUCCGUAUGGACAUAUGGGACAACAACCUUAUUUUAAUUAUCAUCAUCCCUAUAAUAACAAUAACUUCAACUACAUGAACGGGUUCAAUAUGAAUGCGGGCCAAGUACCAGCGGCUGGGGCGGGUCAAAAGCCGGGUACGAGUAAGGGCUGGAGAAUGUUUACUGUAGCAUCAAAGCUAACAAUGGGAGUUGUUUCUAAUGCACUGUUUGGGUUUUCCAUUGAUAGUCUCAUGUCGUAACUUUUUUUUUUUUUUUUUUGCUUUUAA